CAUAGCGAGGAGUUGAGGCGAAGUGAGCUCCCCCGCAGCUAUCACUAUCUUAAAGCACCUACCACUACUCCAUAUCCCCACAUAUCCCGCCCUCUGCGGAGGUAGAGUACGCUACACAGCGGAGGGGUAGGGUGUAUACUGAGUACUCCACAGGACAUCCUGCAUGUAGCUCACAAGGAAAGGAAACCGAUCCCGAUACGUCAGCAACAUCCCAAGCCAAAGCCUUGAGACCGCAAGACCUCCAGAUCAACCCACGCGCCCGCCCACCAACUCGACCACCUCGACUCCACCCCCGUGCCAUCUCUCCUCUACGUACACAGACACGCACACGCCACAGGCACAAGGCACACCCUCACCCACCCGCGACUCUGCAAACCCGAGUAGGCAGCAGGUGCGGGAAAGUUCCCCAAGAACAUGAAUAGCAUGUCCUUCUCCACGCUCAACACCAGUUUCCAGCGCGUCGUCCAGCAGAUCAACUACCUGUGGGAUCCUGAGCCCAAAAACACCGAGCCCAUGUCCGCGAUCUGGCUUCUGGGGCAGGAAUACGCCUCGCCCACACCACCCCCUCCCGCCGCCGCCGCCGCCACCACCACCUCCAACGCCGCCACCACAGAUGCCGAAAUCCAGUCGACAUGGCCGCGGGCCUUUCUGGACGACUUCGAGAGCCGCGUAUGGAUGACGUAUCGCAGCGACUUCGUACCGAUACCGCGCUCGCCGCAAGGGACACAGGGAAUGUCGAUUAUGACGAGUAUGCGGGCGCAUCUGCCGGCGCACUCGCAGGGCUUCACUAGCGAUCAGGGUUGGGGGUGUAUGGUGCGGUCGGGACAGUGUGUUCUGGCCAACGCGCUGCUCGUAUUCCGUUUCGGUCGAGAAUGGAGAAAGGGCCAGUGUCUCGACGAAGAAAAGAAGCUCCUGGCGCUCUUUGCCGACGACCCAUCCGCGCCCUUCUCGAUCCACAAAUUCGUGCACCAAGGCGAGCUGCGCGACAUUCACAGUGGCCAGUGGUUCGGUCCGACGCCGACCGCGCAGUGCAUAAAAGCUCUUACAGAGGCGUACCCGAACACCGGACUACGGGUGCAUAUGACCUUUGAAGGUGGCAACGUAUACGAAGACACAUUCCGUGGGACGGCGAUAGUGGAUGGCGUUUUCCAGCCAACACUUCUACUCAUCGUCACUCGCCUCGGCGUUGACUCCAUCAACCCCCUCUAUUGGGAACCGCUCAAGUCCACUCUGCAAAUGAAGCAGUCCAUCGGCAUAGCUGGCGGUCGCCCCUCAAGCUCCCACUACUUCGUCGGUGUGCAGGGCGAGUACCUCUUCUACCUAGAUCCGCACGUGGUGCGUCCGCGCCUCACGGGCACCACUGACGCGGACGUCGAGAGCUGCCACACGGUGCGGCUGCGGCGGUUACACCUGCGCGAGGUGGACCCCAGCAUGAUGUUUGCGUUUCUCAUCCGCAGCGAAGAGGAGUGGACGGAGUGGAAGACGGCGAUCGCGGCGGCGAAGGGGCGCGCGGUCAUCACCGUCGGCGAGAAGGAGCCGGAUAAUAAGGGGACUACGGAGAGGAGCGAGGCCAUCGAUGAGGUUAUCAGCGAGAGUGAGGAUGAGGGCGGGCUUUUGGGGUAGGAUUUGUUAUUUGCUCGGGUUGGAUGGGUUGGAUGGGUGCUCGUUGGUGUAAAGAACACCGUUUUGUGCUGCGCUGCCUCGCUUGUUUGCUUGUUGUUACUUGACAUAACGACUACCCACUCCCGCGCGGGGAUGGUUGGAUUAUAGAUACAUGCAUGAUAUAUGAAUGAACUGAUACUUGCCAAA